CCAAAGCAUGUUGCGCCUGUUGCGACAGCACACUGAUACCCAAUUCCAUCUUCAUCGAGCUGCAGAGAGCAGUCCACCUAUUUCUGGUGCCUUUUUCCUUUUCAUUCGCGUCUCUUUAUUUCGAGUUUAGACGCGUUUCACGAUUCGACGACCAAGAAACUGGGAGUGAAUCCCAACCCACCACCCGACUUCCUGCCUAAUAUCCGCGAAACGCCAUAAUCAGGUCGUCGAUAUAUCAUUCAAUAUGGCGGACCAAAAGAAAGACAACCCGUUGGCGCAGUUCAAGUAUUCGGCCAUGUCGAAUCUUGUUCUGCAGGCCGAUAAAAGAUUUGUGACAAGGCGUGGCGAUGAGAAUACGGGAGACCCCGAGUCGCUUGCCGGACGCCUCAAUAUCCGGGAUAUGGGCUCGAGAACCGCACGAGAAAGCGCACCGAUGCUGAAAAAGCCACGAGGAGGUGUCGAUGUGGAGCGGGGCAGCAUUCGGGAAGGUCAAGACGUCCUAGAAAAGCAACAGAAGAAACGAAAGCGAGAUGGACAACAGUCCAAAGGCGCGGGAAUCUUGUCACAACAUGAUCUCCUUGUUGAAGACCUCAAAUACCGACCUCGUACCACCGCAACUCAGGCCACUUACGACUUGAUCACGACGAUUGUAGGCAGGCAUCUUGGUGAUGUCCCGAGUCACGUCACUCGUAGUGCCGCGGAUGCUGUCCUGGAGUAUUUGAAAGACGAGGCAUUGAAGGAUUUUGACAAAAAGAAGGAAAUCGACGAUAUACUUGGCGUCACUAUGGGCUCGAAGGAGUUUAAUGAGCUAGUCAAUCUUGGGAAGAAAAUCACCGACUACGAUGCACAAGACGAAGACGAGGAUAUGGAGGAUGCGGGUGAGGCCGAGGAAGGGGGAGAUUUGGACGAACGGCAAGGCGUAGCCGUGGUCUUCGAUGAUGACGAGGAAACGGAAGAAACACAAGCCUUUGAAGUCCAUGACGGGGAUGAAUCUGAAGCCGAGGACGUCACUGGUGAGGUCCCUGAGGAGACAAUUGGAGGUGCCGAAGCUCCGGAAGAGACUGGCGAGGGCGAUGAGAUGGAGAUCGGGGAAACGGUCAUCACAACCGGCGGACGAGGCCGCGACCGAACACAUGACCGAUCUAUUCCAGUACACGAAAUCGACGCAUACUGGCUUCAACGGCAAAUCGGUCAAGUCUACGAAGACGCCCACGUCCAGCAAGAGAAAACAGCAGAGGCAUUCAACAUCCUUGCCGGUCAAUCGGAUGAUGGUGAGGAGAAGGCUGCGCGAGAAAUCGAGAACGACUUGAUGGAACUCUUCGACUAUGAGCAUCACGAGCUCGUAGCUAAACUUUUCAUCAACCGUGAUCGGAUCGUAUGGGUUACCAAGUGGCGACGAGCAGCGGACCGAGACGAGCAAACUGCAGUCGAACGGGAAAUGAUCGCAUCUGGUCACCGAAAAAUCCUAUCUGAAAUUCGAGCUCGAGAAGGCGACGCUUUAGUUGAUGAGCCUAGCAAAAUCAAGAUGGAUCUCAUGGAAGUCGACGUUCCGGAGACCAAGGGCAAGACCGUAGCCCAGCCUACGGAAGAGGGGUUGGUUGGUGGGUUGCAACCGAAACGACUCAUCAACCUGGAGAAUCUGGUUUUCGAUCAAGGAAAUCACCUCAUGACCAAUCCCUCAGUGAAGCUCCCCAAAGGAACCACCAAGCGCACAUUCAAAGGCUACGAGGAGAUCCAUGUCCCUGCACCACUGCCCCGUAAAGACGCCAGCGACUUCCCUGACAUGCCCACGUCGGAAAUGCCAGCUUGGGCUCGUCAAGGAUUUGGGUCGGCUUCCAAACUCAAUCGAAUCCAAACCAAGUGCUUCCCCGUCGCAUUUGAAGGGGAUGAGAACAUGCUGAUCUGCGCCCCGACAGGUUCAGGGAAAACGAAUGUCGCAAUGCUUGCUAUCCUUCGGGAAAUCGGAAAACAUUUGAACCCGACCACCGGAGAGAUCGAUUACGACGCGUUCAAAAUCAUCUACAUCGCUCCGCUCAAGGCUUUGGUGCAAGAACAAGUUGGCAACUUUGGCAAGCGGCUCGAACCACUCGGGAUUCGCGUUGCAGAGCUUACUGGAGAUCGCCAGCUCACGAAGCAACAAAUCGUGGACACACAAAUCAUUGUCACUACUCCUGAAAAAUGGGAUGUCAUCACACGAAAGGCAACCGAUACGAGCUACACGAAUCUGGUUCGUCUCAUCUGCAUCGAUGAGAUCCAUCUUCUUCACGAUGAUCGUGGACCCGUCCUUGAAAGCAUCGUCAGCCGGACUAUCCGCCGGUCUGAACAGACGGGUGACAAUGUGCGCUUGGUCGGGUUGAGCGCCACAUUACCCAACUUCCGUGAUGUUGCGGCAUUUCUCCGAGUCGAUCCUAAGCAAGGGAUGUUCCAUUUCGAUGCGACCUACCGUCCGACCCCGUUGAAACAAGAGUACAUUGGUGUCAGCGACAAGAAAGCGAUUAAGCAGUUGAAAACCAUGAACGAUGUCUGCUACACCAAGGUGCUGGAACAAGUGGGAGCCCAACGCAACCAAAUGCUCAUUUUCGUCCACUCGCGAAAAGAGACGGCAAAGACGGCGAAAUACAUUCGAGAUAAGGCCAUGGAGCUGGACACUAUCGGGCAGAUUCUUCGCACGGAUGCGGCGUCACGAGAAAUCCUUCGUGAAGAAGCCGAAGGCGUUGCAAAUGCCGAUCUAAAGGAUCUGAUGCCAUAUGGGUUUGGGAUUCAUCAUGCGGGCAUGAGCCGAGCCGAUCGAACAUCGGUGGAAGACCUUUUCGCGGACGGUUCCAUCCAAGUUCUAGUCUGCACUGCCACGUUAGCAUGGGGAGUCAAUCUUCCGGCUCACACCGUCAUCAUCAAGGGCACUCAGAUCUAUUCGCCGGAGAAAGGCAGCUGGGUUGAAUUGAGCCCUCAAGAUGUGCUGCAAAUGCUUGGUCGAGCCGGUCGCCCUCAAUACGACACCUUCGGGGAGGGUAUCAUCAUCACCACCCAGACGGAGGUGCAGUACUACCUUUCUCUCCUGAAUCAGCAAUUGCCGAUCGAAUCCCAAUUCAUUAGCAAGCUGGCGGACAACCUCAACGCCGAAAUUGUGCUUGGCACCAUCCGGAAUCGUGAUGAUGGUGUGGAUUGGUUAGGUUACACGUAUCUCUUUGUACGCAUGCUUCGAUCCCCGGGUCUCUACAGCGUCGGUGCCGACUAUGAGGAGGAUGAAGCCUUGGAACAAAAACGAGUGGAUUUGAUCCACUCUGCGGCGACGGUACUGGCGAAUUCCCAUCUCAUUAAAUACGACGCAAAGACGGGUCGGAUCCAAUCCACGGAGCUAGGCCGCAUCGCUUCCCACUAUUACAUCUCGCAUGCAUCCAUGGCCACCUACAAUCAGCACCUUCAACCGUCGAUUACAUCUAUCGAAAUGUUCCGAGUGUUUUCUCUCAGCCAAGAGUUCAAGUACAUCCCGGUACGGCAAGACGAAAAGCUGGAGCUCGCGAAGCUGCUUGGACGUGUGCCAAUUCCGGUCAAAGAGAGCAUUGAUGAACCCCACGCGAAAAUCAACGUUCUUCUCCAAGCUUACAUUUCGCGCCUCAAGCUGGAUGGAUUGGCGCUCAUGGCCGAUCUGGUCUAUGUGACACAAUCAGCUGGCCGAAUUCUUCGAGCGAUAUUCGAGAUCGUGCUGAAGAAAGGGUGGGCGUCGGUUGCAAAAACUGCCCUGAGUCUCUGCAAAAUGGCUGAAAAGCGAAUGUGGCCGACGAUGACCCCCCUUCGGCAAUUCCCGAGUUGUCCGAGGGAUAUAAUCCAGAAAUCGGAACGAAUUGAUGUCCCUUGGACGAAUUACUUCGAUUUAGAUCCACCUCGAAUGGGAGAAUUGUUGGGGAUGCCAAGAGCGGGCAGGACCGUGUGCUCUCUCGUUCAAAAGUUCCCACGCCUUGAAAUUGAAGCCCAAGUUCAACCCAUGACAAGGACCGUCCUUCGCGUUCAAUUGUCAUUACGACCAAACUUUGAAUGGGAUGAUGACGUCCAUGGUCUCGCCGAGUUAUUCUGGGUGCUCGUUGAGGACUGUGAUGGAGAGGAUAUCCUCUUUCACGACCAGUUCCUCCUUCGAAAGGAUUAUGCCACGGCCGACACGAAUGAGCACAUCAUGGAAUUCACGGUCCCAAUCGCCGAGCCGUUGCCGCCCAAUUACUUCAUCAGCGUCAUCUCCGAUAGAUGGAUGCAUGCCGAAACACGUAUUGUUGUAUCUUUCCAACAGCUGCAACUUCCGGCCAAGUUCCCGUCUCAUACCCAACUGCUUGACCUUCAACCGCUCCCCGUUGCGGCUCUAAAGCGUCCGGACUACCAGAAACUUUAUGCUCACUGGGGACGGUUCAACAAGAUUCAAACGCAAGUCUUCAAUGCGUUAUUUUCGUCCGAUGAGAAUGUCCUCGUGGGCUCCGCUGCCGGAACUGGCAAGACAGCAUGCGCGGAGUUUGCUCUCCUACGGCACUGGAUGAAGGCGGAUGACAGCGCCACUCCAAAAGCGGUGUACGUUGCUCCGUUCCAGGAAUUGAUCGACAUUCGACACAAAGACUGGCAGUCACGAUUGGCAUCGGUCCCCAACGAGAAAGAGAUUGUGAAGCUCACUGGCGAUGUGACGGCGGAUUUGCGUCUUCUGGAGAAAGGUGACCUGAUCCUUGCAACACCAGCGCAGUGGGAUCUGAUAUCGAGAUCGUGGCAGCGUCGAAAGAACGUUCAACGAGUCACACUCUUCAUCGCGGACGAUCUUCAUAUGAUCGGUGGUCAGAACGGACAUAUAUACGAGAGCGUGGUCUCCCGUAUGCAUGCGAUGUCGCUGCAACUCGAGUCAGGGCUGCGAAUUGUGGGUUUGAGCGUAUCUCUGGCUAACGCACGCGAUGUGGGAGAGUGGAUCGGAGCGAACAAGCACACGAUCUUCAACUUCAGCCCUCAAGUUCGCGCUGUGCCUCUCGAACUUCACAUUCAAUCGUUCACGAUCCCACACUUUCCAUCCUUAAUGCUGGCCAUGGUGAAACCGACAUACAACGCAAUCCUACAAUUGUCCACCGACAAGCCCACCAUGGUCUUCGUCCCCAAUCGGAGACAAGCACGAGCAACUGCAGCCGACUUGCUGAGCUGCUGUGUUGCCGAAGAUGAGGAAGAUCGGUUUUUGUACGCUCCUCAAGAGCAGCUGGCGCCAAUCCUGGAAAAGAUUAACGAAAGAUACCUGGCUGAAUCGUUGUCUCAUGGCAUCGGCUACUUCCAUGAAGCCCUCACUGAUUUUGAUAAAAAGGCAGUGGAACAUCUUUUCCGAGUUGGGGCCAUACAGGUCAUGCUCGUUUCCCGAGAUUCGUGCUGGGAAAUUAAUUCUACCAGCCACCUUGUCAUCGUCAUGGGCACCCAAUUCUACGAUGGUCGAGAGCAUCGAUACGUGGACUAUCCGCUCAGUGAAGUACUCCAGAUGUUUGGAAAAGCCGGACGGCCGGACAUGGACAAGAGCUGUAAGGGUGUCCUCUUCGUCCCCCAAGUCAAACGAGAGUACUACAAGAAAUUCUUGAACGAUGCGUUACCGGUCGAGAGUUAUCUUCAAGGGGAGAUGGCGGAUACAUUUAUCGCUGAAAUCAGCGCGCGUGUGAUCUCAUCCACUCAGGAUGCCGUCGAUUGGACCACCUACACGUACUUCUACCGCCGUUUGCUCGCCAAUCCAAGCUUCUACGGCCUCACCGACACAUCUCAUGAAGGCUUGAGUUCCCACCUCUCGGAACUAGUUGAGACAACGCUGAAAGAGUUGGAAGAAGCGAAAAUGAUCACCAUCGAGGAGGAUGAGGAAGGCGAAGAUUCCAUCGAACCGCUCAACCCCGCCAUCAUCGCUUCUUACUAUAACAUCUCCUUCGUCACCAUGCAGACAUUCUUGUUGUCGCUAAAUGCGAAGACCAAACUAAAAGGCAUCGUCGAGAUCGUCACAUCGGCUACAGAAUUCGAGGACAUUCAGAUCCGACGACACGAGGACCACGUUCUUCGCCGGAUCUACGAUCGACUCCCGUACAAAAUGGCGGAAGCCAGCUACGAAUCGCCUCAUUUCAAGGCCUUUGUUCUGGUCCAGGCACACCUGUCACGGAUGGAGCUGCCGAUCGAUCUAGCGAAAGAUCAAGAAGUCAUCCUGUGCAAGAUUCUCGGUCUCUUGAGUGCGUGUGUGGACGUUCUUUCCUCCGAAAGCCAUAUGAAUUGUAUCCAAGCAAUGGAGCUCUCCCAAAUGAUCGUUCAAGCCACCUGGCACGACGGUCCUCUCAAGCAAAUACCACACUUUGACGAGCGUGCGAUCCAAGUCGCCAAUGAUGCAGGAGUCCACGAUGUCAUGCAGUUUAUGGACUACAUGGAUCCAGAUGAGAAUCCGAACUAUGAGGUCUUUGUGAAGAAACUCGGUUUCAACCGACAGCAGCUACAGGAUGCUGCGAACUUCACGAAUACCUCGUAUCCUAGCAUCGAUAUUGCCAUGAAGGUGGAAGAUCCGGAUUCCGUCGCUGCCGGUGAGCCAUCAGUUUUGAGUGUCACAUUGGAGCGCCAGAUCGAUGAAGACGAGGUUCCGAACACGAAGGUGCAUGCGCCCUUCUAUCCGGGAGAAAAGAUUGAGAACUGGUGGCUUGUUGUAGCCAACGAGAAGACGCAGAGUUCUUAUGGCAUCAAGCGGAUCACGAUAGAACGCAAGCUUCGCACCAAGCUUGAAUUUACCGUGCCGGAACCGGGUCCAGUCGAGCUGACACUGUAUCUCAUCUGCGACAGCUACAUUGGCGUUGAUCAGGCCCCAACCUUCAAGGUGAAUGUCGGCGAAGCGAUGGAUGAAGAUGAAGAGGAAGAUAGUGAUGAGGAGUGAAGGAGUCAGAAGGACUGGCGCAGGGAAAAGUUAAUGUACAAAUACGUGCCAGGAUAGACCGUCUGAAUGAUAAAUCAUGGAUCAAUUGCUCUGUUCCCGUACAAUGUAUGAUAUAACAUUUUGGUC